CUUUCUCGGUGGAUUGGUACUUGAAAAUAUGACCUUAAAUUCUGUUGCACGCCAUGUCAGUUAUUAUGAUUUUGUUAUUAUUGGUGGUGGAAUAGCCGGUGUUGUAUGCGCAGAAACACUAUGUGAACUACUUAAUCCUAGUGAAUAUUCUAGAGCUAGUGUACUACAAGCAGAUCAUUUGAAACGUGUAGCACUAGUAACUGCUACUGAAACAGUGAAAACUACGAUUAAUUUACAACGUAUUACCAAUAUGAUUGAGUCUUUUGAUGUUGAAGAGAAAUCUGGUAGUUUAUGGUCAGAAACAUGGCCUAAUACGAUUACUGUAAUACAUGAUAUUUUAAUAAAACUUGAUCCUUUUAGGCACAUCAUCUGCUUGCAGAAAAGUGGUAUUAACAAUCCAAUUUCUUAUGGCAAAUUGUGUUUAACAACAGGCGGUGUUCCUCGUCUUAUCGAUCCGAAACAUCCUUAUGUUAUUGGUUUAAGAGAUACUGAAAGCAUAGAAACAUUUCAAAAGCGUUUACAAGGUACUCGUCGCUUAAUGUUAGUUGGUAAUGGAGGCAUAGCUACAGAAAUCGCACAUGAAGUGUCUGGCUGUCAAAUUAUUUGGGUCAUCAAAGACAGCAGUAUCAGUGCUCCGUUUUUGGAUCCAGUAGCAGCUGCAUUUCUUUUAGAAGCAAGGGAAAUUUCAAAGCAGGGUAACUCUGGAGAAAAAGGUGGAUCUGCUUCCAACCUGUCAGGAGCUGCUUCAGAAGGUACACAAAUGAGACGUAUGCGCUAUGUUGUGGCUGACAAUGAUUCAGUGGAAGAUAUCUCUAAAACUUCAAAGGGCCAUCUUAUACUUGUUCCUGUUCAGAAUCAACCACUUGAAUUGCAUAUCAGUAAACCUCAAGUUACUGGUGCUGCUCUGGGCCCCGAUUGGGCACAUGGACGCAAUUUAUUAGGUCGUCUCACUAAUACAGUAGAUGGUGAACUACUUAAAGUAGUUUAUCAAGCUAAAAUCAAAAAACUCUUAUCUCCUGAGGAAUUUCUUAGCACAAAAAAGUCAGAAACUUUACCCCUUCCAAAUGGCAACAGCACAGAUAAUGGUGGUGUGAUGCCAGUUGAUGAUUGGCCAGUUUAUGUUGAGUUAACGAAUAAUGAAAUUUAUGGUUGUGAUUUAGUUGUAAGCGCAAUUGGCGUUGAAGCAAAUUUCAGUCCAUUCAAUAAAAAUAAUAGAGGUGAUACAGACACUGAUGCUUCUGCUCAUAAGAAUAGUGGUGAUGAUGAUAAUGAAGCUGACACCACAAAAUCGUUAGUUUUUGGCUGUUCAUUUGAUCGUGUUUCAAUGUAUCUUGGCGGGGGUUUGUUAAUUGACGAACAAAUGCGGACUAGCUGCAAAGAUGUGUAUGCAGCUGGUGACUGUGCAUAUGCCCAUUGGACAUGGUCUCCACACUGGUUUCAAAUGAGGUUAUGGAAUCAAGCUAGGCAGAUGGGAUUUCACGCAGCAAAAUGUAUGUUCUGUCAUACCAAUGGAGAUACAAAUGUUCCACUGGACUUUUCUUUCGAACUUUUCACUCAUGUAACUUACUUUUUUGGUUUCAAAGUUGUUUUACUAGGCCGUUUCAAUGGUCAAGGUAUGAAUCUGUCUGAUCCAGAUACUUAUAUUUUAAUGCGCGUUACACGUGGACGAGAAUUUAUCAAGUGUAUUAUGCAGUCUGGACGUAUGCAUGGAGCAGUUUUAAUUGGUGAGACUGAUUUAGAGGAAACAUUGGAGAAUUUAAUUUUAAAUCAAAUUGAUUUAACUAAUCUGGAGGAUCGUCUUCUUGAUCCAGAUGUUGACUUGUCAGACUAUUUCGAUUAGUGAUAAUGGUCAACAGUUUUAUUUCGUAUAUUUUUCUGUUCGUUAUAUAUGUAUAUGAUUUUAGAAUAAAAGUAACAAUAAUUUCAACCUCAAACCUUGAUCUCCUUGAAACUAUUUUGACUAUAUUAAUAAUAGCAAUUAUUAUUAUAUCAUAGGUGUAGAUUAUUGAUGGUUGUAUACUUCAAACCAACGGUAUUCACCUCCGUUUUUUGUGGUUGAUAUUUUGCAAGUUGUUAAACUUAUAGAAUAACAUUCGGAUUUGACACACUUUCUUGAUACUAAGCCAAAUAAAGUAUGAGUUUGGUUCCAUAUUCAGUAAGUUCAUUUUAAAUAUCACAUAGUGAUUCAGUAUUAACAACUGGAUAACGUUUCGAGCGUAAACUAUUGCUCAUAAUCAUAUUGACGUAGUCACACGUCUCCACAAUUUGUCUCAUAUAUUUUUUCUUUCUUUCCAUCUCUCUAUGAUGUUCGAAACUUGUUGGUUUUACUCCUGAGUGAGAGCGUCAUUUACUAUCAGAAGAUUAAGUGGAGAACUUAUAUAUCUGUGUGCAUAUCAUUCUUACUGCAAAAUUUUAAAGCUGCUAAAUCGUUAUUCUUUUGCACAUGUGUGUAUGUGCUGCUUAGC